CUUCUUGUCUGUUUCCAGUCCUCCAUGGGACAGACAGCAAAACCGUUCAAACAUAAAAAUCCGCUAUUUUGAUUGCCCGUUGACGGGUGCCCUAGAGCCCUCUUGAUCCUCAGUAUGUAGCUAGCUGCUAAGUUAGUCCGCGACUCAGCCCCGGCCCUUCGUACUCCAAGCCUCACCCCGUCUCUGAUCUGACCUCACGCGCAAGCGCUGAUUGUGUAUUUGCGUAAUGUAAUCGCCAGAGGUAAGCUUGACAGUACAGCGCUGAACAGCCAAUUGUUCAUGUGAGCUGGCGCAUGGGUGGUGUAAGCCUUGUCGAACUUGUAGCCUAGCCUGUAGCUGAGUGUAUUUUUUUAAAUCAAUCGCACUUGCACUUUGCAACCGUGUGCAGCGUACACUGCUCUGUUGACACUGUCUCAUCGAGCAAGGAUCUAGCCCUACACGAUUUCUAGCAAGGGUUGCAACGAGAAUUUGACCCUGCUGUAUCAAGGAUUUUUGUUUUGUAUCAGUCUCUGUCUGUCAGUCUCUGAAGUUUGAUCAUCAGACAGCAUGCAGCGUUUGCACACCAUCAGGGCUGUGAUUGCGGGCCUGCUGUUAAUCGUUAGCGGUGUGAUCGUGUCUGCACAAGGAGGGUUGGGUAAUAACCAGUUGCGUGAAUAUUUCGUAGCUGCUGUGGAGAUCGAAUGGGACUAUGCCCCUUCAGGGAGAAAUCUCAUCAAGGAUACGGACAUACAGCAAGGAAGCUAUGAGGCAGACUUCCUUCUGAACGGCACUUAUCGCAUCGGACGGAAAUACAAAAAAGCAGUCUACAAGCAGUACACAGAUGACACCUACACUCAGGAGAUUCCUAAGCCAGAAUGGCUAGGAUUUCUGGGCCCUUUGCUCUAUGCAGAGGUUGGCGAUACCAUCUUUGUCCACUUCAAGAAUAUGGCCAGUCGGCCGUAUACAGUGCACCCUCAUGGCAUGAAAUAUGAAAAGGAUUCUGAGGGUGCAGUCUAUGAAGACAAGACGUCAGGAAAAGACAAAGCCGAUGAGAAUAUUAAACCUGGUGGGGAACACCGCUUCAAAUGGAAGGCCACACAAGCUGCUGGACCUGCUGACAAUGAUGAGAAUUGUAGGCCUUGGCCAUAUCACACCCACAUCUCCACCCCAGAGGGUACCAACACAGGCCUUAUCGGGGCACUUGUCAUCUGUAAAGAAGGGAUCCUGGAUGAGCAAGGGCGAAGAAAAGACGUUGAUAAGGAAUUUCUGCUGAUGUUCGCCAUCAUGGAUGAGAACCUAAGUUACCUCUUAAAUGAGAAUGUGGAAACCUACAUCGGCAGGACAGAUUUUGAUCAGGAAAGUGACGACUUUAUCCGUAGUAACAAAAUGGAUGGCAUCAACGGUUAUCUCUAUGGCAACCUGCCAGGCUUGGAGGUCUGCGUUGGAGACAAGGUUGACUGGCAUAUUAUGGCAUUUGGGACUGAGGCUGAUAUUCACACCAUCUAUUUCCAUGGCAACCUGUUGACGUUUCAAAGGCGUCGUCGGGACUCUCUUAGUCUUUCUCCAGCUGUUUUGAUGAGUGCCAUGAUGGAGGCUAAGAAUCCAGGAACUUGGCUAGUCACCUCUGCCUCGACCACUCAUUUCAAGGAUGGCGCACAGGCUUUAUACACUGUGUCAGAAUCUUGCGGGACACCAGGAGAAGCUGAGAUGCCAUCAGGUCAGCGUGAAUACUUUAUAGCAGCUGAAGAGAUUGAAUGGGACUAUGCACCUAACAGAACACACAGUGAUGGAACCAGCUUCAAUGAUAGUUCAAGCCAUUCCUACCCUUUCUUCACGAAGGAAGACAAUCGAAUCGGUGGGAAAUAUAGAAAAGCGAAAUUUGUUGGUUACACAGACAACACUUUCACCAUUCAAUCUUACGCUGAGCCUCACCUGGGCAUUCUGGGACCUGUCAUCCGGGGAGAGGUAGGGGACGUGAUCAGGGUGACCCUAAGGAACAGCUUGACCAAUCAGAACAUUAGCUUACAACCUCAUGGAGUACGCUACAACAAAUCUAACGAGGGCCAGGCUUACAACGAUGGCACAUCAGGUGCGGAUCACUUUGAUGAGACGGUCAUACCUGAAUCGUCCUACACUUACACAUGGACUAUACCAGAGUACGUCGGUCCUACCAACAUUGAUCAAGACUGCAUUACCUGGAUCUAUACAUCAGCCGUUGACCCUGAGGGUGAUGUGUUCGCUGGUCUGGUUGGACCGUUAUUGGUGUGCAAAAAGGGAAGUCUGAACACUACUACAGGCAAACAGCUUAGAGUAGAUCAGGAAUUCUUUCUCCUCUUUACGACGUUUGAUGAGAAUCUCAGCUGGUUGAUUGAUCAGAACAUUGCCACAUACUCAGCCAAUCCUGGAGCAGUUGACAAGAAUGAUGAGGUUUUUGUGACGUCCAAUCAGAUGGCUUCAAUUAACGGUUACUCCUACAACAAUCUUGUUGGUAUAACAAUGACUGUUGGAGAUCGUGUCUCCUGGCAUGUGAUGGCAGUCGGCAAGUACAGCGAUGAGCAUACUGUAGCUUUUGAGAGCCAGGUGGUCACUCACAACUCGGUUCGGAAAGUGGCGGUACCAGUCUUUCCUGGUGUAUCUGAGACAGUCAUCAUGGACGCAGAUGUUGUCGGACGUUUUCACAUUGAAUGUGAAACCAAUUCCCACUUAGUCAAAGGAAUGGAGGGGUCGUUUACAGUAACUCCCAAGGAGAAUGCUGUGUCCCCAGAUGUUGGAAAUGCUGUCCGGACAUUCUACAUAGGCAUUGUGGAGAGAUACUGGGACUUUGUUCCGGUGAAAUAUGAUCCGAUACGAAGCCAGAACUUGACCGAUCCAGAAAGCCCGGGAUAUGUUUUUGUGAACCAAGGAGAAACAUCCAUUGGUUCAAGGUAUAAGAAAGCCUUGUUCAGAGAGUUUACAGAUGAGAGCUUCAAAGUGGAAAAGAAUCGAACAGGCACUGAUGCACAUCUUGGGGUUCAGGGACCAUUGCUUCACAUGGAAGUCGGUGAGACAGUGGAAGUUGUUCUCAAGAACAUGGCAAGUCGACGGUACGCUUUGGAACCGCAUGGGGUUCUGGUGGUCGAAGAUUCCAUGGACAGUGAAGGGGGUGUUCAAGCUGGUGGAAACAAGACUUAUCGCUGGAAAGUUCCUGAACGCGCUGGACCAACUGCAGCAGACCCUAAUUGUGUGGUCUAUGCUUACUACUCCAACAUUGAUAAAGAGCGUGAUACUAACUCCGGCCUGGUUGGUCCGAUGGUUGUCUGUCGUCCGGACACGCUCGGUGAAGAUGGUCGCCGGCGAGAUGUGGACCAGGAGUUUGUGCUGCUCUUUACUGUCAUGGACGAGAACAAGAGCUGGUAUUUGGAUGAGAACAUCGCUAAGUUCUGCAGCAUGCCGAAUCUUGUGGACAAGGAAGAUGCUGGUUUUCAGGAGAGCAACCUGAUGCAUGGCAUAAAUGGUUUGCUGUACCACAACCUCCGUAACCUUGAAAUGUCCAAGGACGACACUGUGGAAUGGUACCUGAUUGGCCUUGGGGAUGAGGUUGACGUCCAUUCCGUCCACUUUCAUGGCCAGACGAUCACUUACCGGACAGCCAUGGUGAACAGGAUUGAUGUCUUUGAACUCUUUGCUGGUGUGUAUGGGUCAGUCCAGAUGCAUGCUGACAAUCCUGGUAGCUGGUUGUUACAUUGUCAUGUCAAUGAUCACAUUCUGGGAGGCAUGGAGACGUCUUACACAGUUAUUGGAGUGACAACUGAAAAGCCCCAGCCCCAACCAACCACACCAGCCUCCGCUUGCUGCAUUGCUAGCACACUUCUGAUUGUCAUCACAGGAUUCAUCAUGGCUUGGAAAUUCAAUUAGGAUGAAAGCAUCUAUUCCUGACUGAGGGCAGCAUACCAUUUUAGAGGCAGUAAGGAAGGCUUUUAGGCAUUUAGACUUAAAAAGUUGAAAGCACUAGGUCAGCAGUCGAUGAUUAGACUUUUCUUUUGUUACAGGCAUUAACUGAUAUGUUUUACAAACAGUAAAAUUUCUAGAAAGUACACCCUCAGUAUAAACAGUUUUAGGUUCAAAAUGCAUGUUAAUUUAAUGAAGUAUUUUUAUGAGUAUUUGGAAUAGUAUCUGUAAUGUAAUAUGUUGCUACAGGAAACUUUGAGCCUUUUGUAAUUAUUUUUUUACUUAUUACUGAUGAACGGUUUGCAAACCACCAGUAGGCAGUACCUGCCCAAAGUGUGACCUUGAAGAAAGGAACAGUGCUUGCUCUGGGCUGUGAUGUAGCAAGUGCCUAUGCCUUAUGCAGUGCAUCUUGGAGUAUUUAUAACUGACGCUUGUAGGUUUAGCCGACCCCAAGUUGGGAGAAGGCCAGGAAGAAGUCGUAGAUUUAGGGUUGUAAAAUUUGGCUUUGUAAUUGUUGCUAACUUUUACGAAGUUAAUUUGAUCUAAACAUUUUGGAUAUUGCUGCUGCGUAAACCAAUAAUUAAUAUGCAUAGACAUUUUGGAAAAUGGAAAUCUUAUAACAGAUGUUACAUGUGUAUUUCAGGAAGUGUUAGUGUUUUUAUUUGUAGUUAAACUUUUUUGUCAUAUUUCAUGGAUCAUGAGACAAGAAAAACCUAUUGUUUGUAGAUUGGUUUGCAGAAAUACUUCAUAUUAGGCCCAUGCGGCUUCAAAUGACUUCUUGUCUCAAUACACUGGACAGGCUCUGUGGUUUUGGGGCUCAGCUGGAAAGAGAAUUCCACCCUUGUUUCCUCAGAGUAAGUUAGUAACUAUAGUUUAACGAUCCAGAUAAAUUAGGCUAGGCCAUUGGAAUGUGGAGGCAGGGGUGUCCUGAGAAAUGAAAUCACCUUUGUCUUAGCAGUCCAGCAGGUCGGACAGAUUGCAUUUUGGGGUUCGUGGGAGUAGUUUGCAGUCAAUGUCCCUGUCUUUCCUGUCUGUGUAUGUGGCAAUAAUGGAAUAAUGAAUUGGAAUUCGUGUAGAUGUACUUAAAAAAAUCAUGUGCACUGGAAUAAUAUUUAAUCAAAUUUGUGUAUUUAUUGUUUUUGUAAAAUGUAUGUUGCUACCAUGGCAUCGCCAUAGUAACCCUACCCCCCCCCAAGAGGGAACCAAAACAGAUGGUGGACUCUACAUGUAUACUAAUAUUGGUACUGCAAAUGUUUAUUUGGAGAACACAGCCCCCCUCAACAUUCAUUGCAGUAACUUACCACUUUCAACUCGUUGGUUAAGUCCUCCCCUCCAAAAUACAAAUUCUGAGGGUGUCCAUGGUUAUUUCCCUGGUUUUUGCAUGUGUAUGUGUGAAUUUUUGUACUUUUAAAGUAAUCUUUUAAUGAUGUGUUUUAAUCUACACUUUAAUCUUUCAGUGGUUCCUUUAUAUUCAUAUUUUACAGUGCAUGUAACUGAAAAAAACUUAUUAGUUACACGCCAAAGUGUGACUAAGAAAAAAAUUUACAUUAAAAUGAAAAUUGUCUGCAAAUGGUGGAUGAUGACCUU